UUUUUGAGCACUAAACUUAUUUCAACAAUGUCAAAAGCCACAACAAUUAAGGAAGCGCUUAAACGUUGGGAAGAACGUGAGCAACAAAGUGCCGUCGAGUCUAAAGUGAUCGAGUUGCAAUUUCAAUGGCCGCCAAUCGAAAAAAUGGACAGCACGCUUAGUAACUUAGUUAAUUGUGAACGACUGAGUCUUUCUACAAAUAUGAUAGAGAAAAUUUUCGGCUUGAAUGGCAUGAAACACUUGCGUGUGCUCUCUUUGUCGCGGAAUUACAUUAAAAAUGUAUCAGGAUUGGAAGCUGUCGCCGACACACUCAUCGAGCUGUGGCUUAGUUACAAUUUAAUUGAAAAGCUGAAGGGCCUCUCAGCUUUGAAAGUUUUAAAAGUGCUUUAUAUUAGUAAUAAUUUGAUCAAAGAUUGGAGUGAGCUUACACGGCUGCAAGAACUGGAAGCGUUGGAAGAUCUUGUGGUAGUAGGAAAUCCUAUAUCCGAAGGCAUGGAUGAGGCGACAUGGCGCGCUGAGUGUAUAAAACGUUUGCCCACAAUACGGAAAUUGGAUGGCGAACCGGUUGUAUUGAAUGAGGAACCAGUUUUAUAAAUGUUAUGAAGAAAUUUAAUUCUAUAGCAAUAGCAUGGUAUUUUAUCAAAACAUAUAACAAUAAAUAUGUAGGCAAGUUUCUAGAAUA